CUCCCCACUUGCUCUUGAGGGCAGGAGCAACCCGGCAGACUCCGGAGUCGACAUGGAGACCCCAGCGCGUGUAUGUACUUGGGUCCUUGUGCUGAGCCUGCUCUUGCUGCAUGCAGGCCUCCAGACGGCCACCGUCCCCCAUGAGAGCGGCGGCAUCGACAUCUACAGCCUCACCGUGCACUCGGAGGUCUCAGCACGCUUUGCCCGCACCGUGAUCACCAGCCGUGUGGUCAACAGGGCCGAAACGGUGCAGGAGGCCGCCUUCCAGAUAGAGCUGCCCAGGAAGGCCUUCAUCACCAACUUCUCCAUGACCAUCGAUGGCGUGACCUACCCGGGAAUCGUGAGGGAGAAGGCUGCGGCCCAGGAGCAGUACAGCGCAGCCAAGGCCAGGGGGGAGAGCGCCAGCCUUGUCAAGACCACCGAGAGGAAGAUGGAGCGGUUUGAGGUAUCAGUGAGUGUAGCCGCUGCCUCCAAGGUCACCUUCAAGCUAGUGUAUGAGGAACUGCUCAGGCGGCGCCUGGGCGCGUAUGAACUGCUGUUCAAGGUGCAGCCACAGCAGCUGGUCCAGCACUUGCAGGUGGACGUUCACAUCUUUGAGCCACAGGGUAUCAGCUUCCUGGAGACCGAGAGCUCCUUUAUGACCAAGGAGUUGGAGGAAGCCCUGAUCACCUCGCAGAACGAGACCAAGGCUCACAUCCAGUUCAGACCCACCCUGUCCCAGCAGCAACAGUCUGGAGGGCUCCUGAACGGCAACUUCAUCAUCCGCUACGACGUGAUCCACACCCCCUCUGGCGGCUCCAUUCAGAUCGAGAACGGCUAUUUUGUGCACCACUUUGCACCUGAUGGCCUUCCUGCGUUGUCCAAGAACGUGAUCUUUGUCAUCGACAGCAGUGGCUCUAUGUUAGGCAGGAAAAUUGAGCAGACCCAAGAAGCCCUAAUCAAGAUCCUAGAUGACCUCAGCACCAAAGACCGGUUCAACCUCAUCGUCUUCAACCGGGUAGCCUGGCUGUGGAAGCCGAGGCUGCUGCAGGCCUCAGUUGAGAACGUGAGGAAAGCCAAGAGCUAUACAGCCAGCAUUGUGGCCCAGGGAGGGACCAACAUCAAUGAGGCCAUGCUGAAGGCUGUGCAACUGCUGGACAGCGAGCGGGCUGAGCUGCACCCAAGGAGCGUCUCCCUCAUGAUCCUGCUCACCGAUGGGGAUCCCACGGAGGGAGUGACCAAUCUUGAAAUGAUCCAGAGGAACGUCCGGGAAGCCAUUGGCGGCCACUACAGCCUCUUCUGCCUGGGCUUUGGCUUUGAUGUCCACUACUCAUUCCUGGAAAAGCUGGCACUGGAUAAUGGUGGCCUGGCCAGGCGCAUCUAUGAGGACUCUGAUGCUGCCCUGCAGCUGCAGGACUUCUACCAGGAGGUGGCCCAACCGCUGCUGAUGUCUGUGAGCUUUGAGUACUUAAGCAACGCUGUGGAGGAGGUGACACAGGAUAACUUCCAGUUCCACUUCAUGGGCUCUGAGAUGGUGGUGGCCGGGAAGCUGCGGCCCCAGAGCCCUGCCGUGCUGUCGGCCAAAGUCAGUGGGCAAGGGCAAUCAGAGAACAUCACCUUCUACGUGGAGUCCGGCACGGCCGAGCAGGAGGAGGCGUUGCGGGGCCGCCAGUAUGUCUUUGGCAGCUUCAUGGAGAGACUCUGGGCCUACCUGACCAUCGAGCAGCUGCUGGAACAGAUUGUCUCUGCGCCCAAGGCCGAGCAGCAGGCCCUCGAGUCCCGAGCUCGAAACCUGUCACUCAACUACAACUUUGUCACUCCUUUCACGGCCAUGGUGGUCACCAAACCUGAAGGCCAGGAGCAGUCUCAAGUUGUUGAGAAGCCCACGGAGGAGGAGAAGAAGCACAGUGCUGCUCAUCCAGGAAGUUUUGCUUUAUCCAAAGUUCACCGCAAAGGCCGCAAACACUACAACCCAACAGGUUCUAGGGUCAAAAUGAGUUCCCAGUUCGGAGUGUAUGGUUCUCCAGCCAGAUUCAGACGCCCUCAUCCUCAAGGUCCUCGUCAGUUUUCUUACGGUGGUCCUCAUCCUACUUACGGCGGUCCUCAUCCUACUUACGGUGGUCCUCAUCCUACUUACGGUGGUCCUCAUCCUGCUUACGGUGGUCCUCAUCCUGCUUACGGCGGUCCUCAUCCUACUUAUGAAUCUUUUCUUCCUGAUUCUGUGCUUGACCUCUUCGACACUAAGAACCUGCCAAGGCUGCCAAAAUGGAGGCUCUACACGCCUACACCUGUGGCUGCUUCAGUGCCUUUCAUCCCUUCAGCUACCAGGUUAACCAAAGUGGUUGAAAUGGACACGGAAGACCAAGGAAUCACCAUGCCAAAUCCAACUUCAGCCCCGUCCCAGGCACCUUCCAUCUUCCUGCCGGUGCAUGGACCUGGUGUGGACCAGCUCUGUGUGGACAUCAGAAGCUCCCAGGGACCCAUAAACCUCAUCUCAGACCCUGACCAAGGGAUCAAGGUCACAGGCCAGUAUGAGGUGAAGACUGGCUUCUCGUGGGUCAAGGUGAUGGUCAAGAAUCCUGAGCUGCAGGUUCACGCGACCCCAGAGCAUGUGGUGGUAACUCGGAACCGAAGGAGCUCAGAGUACAAGUGGAUGAAGACAAUGUUUUCUACGUUGCCAAACCUCAAGAUAACCAUGGACAGUACGGGGCUCCUGCUGAUCAGUGGCCCCCACCGAGUGACCGUUGGCCUGCUGCCCUGGGGUGACCACAAGACGGGCCUCCUGCUGCUGCUCCGCCACACGGACCGCUUCUCCCGCAACGUCCGUGGAACCAUCGGCCAGUUUUACCCCACUGUGCUCCUGAGUCCUUCCUCUACAAAAGAAAACCAGUGGAUCCUGAAGGCGCAGGCUGACGACUAUGUUGUCACCAGGGAGCACAGGCUGGAUUACCAAGAGGGGCCUCCAGGAAAGGAGACAGCCUGCUGGAAUGUGCGGCUGUAGCUGCACUACAAGAAGCCCGGCCCCUGGCUCUCUGUCCACCACGUCCACUGCCUGCAGAUGUGUGCCACCUGCAGGGCAGGAAGUUCCCAUGAGUCACAAAUAAAGGAAGCAGUGGGUCCAGGA